GCAUGGUGAAGGAAAAUCGCGUAGGGGCUAGAAUUGACUCGGAGUCCAGAACAGCGUUGAAUUGAAUACGUUAUAAUAACAAAUUUAUGAAGUAAUUUCUCUUUCCAUUCAAUUGCAUCAUUCUCCGUCUCUGUCCCAUGGCGUACGUUGAACGAGGUGUUGUUAAAUCAAAGAGAUCAAUAUGGCGGCUUAAAACAAUCACUGAUUUUUUCUGGGCCAUUGUUAACUUCAUAAGCGUGUUUUUUGCAACAAUGUUCUCGAUGGAAAAGUCAGAUGCCUACAGAAAAGGAUCGGUUGGCAAGAAAUGGGAUGGGGGUGCUCCUGGAGGAGGUCCUGGCGGUGGCGGCGGUGGUGGAGGACCAUAUGGUGGUGGUCCACGAGGCCCUCCUCGUGGGGGUCUUGACAAUGUUCGUGGGCUAGAUAGUAUAAGGGGACGUGACCAUAAUUCACUACCUGCCUGCGGUUCCUGCUGUGGUUGAGUAUUGGAGACCUAAAUUGUCUGUCUAUAUGCCUUGUACGUUACUGUUGGUAUCUGGUGUUGAACUGGUGAAAUAUGUAAACAUCGAUACGACUUUCAAGCUUUAUGUGCGCAUAGGCUGAAAUAACAAAAUUGAACUUUAUUGUUGAGUGUGAUAGUUUUUCAAAUGACCAAUUAUUAAUUACAUACCCUUCAGAUCUUUUUUCUUCA